AUGGUGGACUCAUCGGUGGCUGACCACAUGACUCGCCUGACACUCAGACUCUUGCAAAAGAAGCUGGAACACGAGCGUGAGAACAUGGAAGAGGACUCUGGACCUGAGUUCCGACUCCAUGCUUCCCUUCCAGGAGAUGAGGCUGGGCCGGAUGACGCCCUGCAGAGCGCCCUGAGGAGAAGGAAGGACCUCCUGCAGAGACUUUGGGAACUGCAUCUCCUGGAGGAGCUCUCCCAGGCCCAAGCCUGGAGGGGGGCAAACAGAGGGGCCUGGGGGUCAGUGCCACCCCCAGAGGUGCCCCCUGUACGCUGCCACCCCACCGCCUCCCCACCCCCUCCAGCCCCGGAGCCGCUCCGGAUCAUCCAGCACCCGGUACCCCAGCCACCUGCCACCAUCAUUCAGCAGCUACCUCAGCAGCCCCUCAUUGCACAGAUUCCUCCUCCCCAGGCCUUCCCCACUCAAAAGUCUGGGAGUAUUAAGGAAGACAUGGUGGAGAUGAUGCUGAUGCAGAACGCCCAGAUGCACCAGAUCAUCAUGCAGAGCGCGAUGCUCAGGGCCCUGCCGCCCGCCGCUGCCCUGCACCCCACCCCGCAGGACCCACAGGGGGCUUACCCCACCUUCCUGCGAGCAGAGAAACAGAGGCUGGCUUCGGUGCACCACCACCACCACUAUGCACCCCCAGCCCCGCUGCAGCCCAUCUCUGCGCCUAGGACUUCUGUGGGCUACCCCGUGUGGCCCUCAAUGGUUACAGCCACCGCACUCCCCCAUGCUGCUGGUUUCCAGGCCACAAGGAUCACUGAGGAUGAGUGGUCCAGGGAGCGUCCAGGACAAAGUGGACCGGCUGCGUCUGAUGGCGUCCUCACCACGCAGGCCCCAGGUUUGUGA